AUGAAAAAGGCAGUUUAGAAAGUUUAACUACUAAAGAACAUGGCAAAAAUAUUUGCAGAAGGUAAUUAUUAAGUUACAGUUAAAAAUAUAUUGAAUGCUUUGUAAAAUAAAAAUGAAUAGGAUAUGUAAUAUCUUGAGAAAUAGAUGCUAAAAAUAUUUCCAAUAUGUUCUAAAAUUUAAAAGUAUUUAAGAAGCACAGAUAAGUUUCAUCUAUUUAUUAAACAAUUUUAAGUAGAAUUGCAUCAUGAAAAAGAUGUUAUAUUCUGUAUGGGUGAAGUAGGAAGAAAAAUGUAUUUUAUUUUGGAUGGGAAUUUGAAUAUUUUUCCUUUUGAAAUAAAUGAAAUUAGUAUAAGAAUUUUAUAUUAUUGAGAAUAAGUAACCUGCGGCAGUAUUAGUUCCUGGAGAUUAUUUCGGAGAAGUUAGUCUUCAUCAUAGACUUCCAAGAACAGCUACAGUUGUAUGUGCAUCUAAUACAGUUCUUUUAGUUAUAAGCUAUGAGGCAUAUUACAAUUUCCUAUAACCAGUGAUUGAUCAUCAAAUUGCAGUUCAAUAUUACUAAUUAAAACCAACAGCAAUUUUUUAUGGUUGGAAUGAAUUGGCUUUAGCAUUAAUUAUACAUCAUUUGAAAUUAAUUACAAUUCUAAGAAACUAAUAUGUGUAUAAAGAAGGAUAAAAUGAUUAAUCAUUUUAUGUAGUAAAGAGUGGGGAAAUUUUAAUUUAAUAGAAAAUAAAACUCAAAGGAAAAUUCCAAGAUCAUGGACUUGUAACUCUUGGUAUUGGAUAAUGUUUUGGAGAUUAUGAAUUUAUAGAUAAUCAAACUUGGUAUACAAAUAGAAAUUUACUUGAAAAUAUUAAAAGAACUACUGAUGCAGUAUCAACUACAGUUAGUGAAAUUUAUCAAGUUCCUUUAUUCUAAUAUUUGUAAAUUGCAGAGAAUUAUCAUUCAGUUUUAUUGAAAAAAUAUUUAAAAUAAAGCAAACUCAUUUUGAGAGAGAGAAUUCAAAAAUUUUAAGAUGAUGUUAAAAAAAUCAAUAAUUCUGAUGAAUAUAAUAAUCCAGAAAAUGUUUUUGUUCCAGAAUUUAAACCAAAACCUUGUAAUCCUUAUUAAAAUUUAUUGAAAACUAUAAGAAGCAGAAAAAUUUUACCCUAAUAAUAAUAAUAAUAAGUAAAAGAGGAAAUUGAAUCAGAUACAAAUAUUGAAUAAUUAAAAUAAAAAAUCUAAAAUUAUUUUUACUAACCAGCUAAUCUUUAAUAGUAACUCAAAAAAAAUGAAUAAACUUAGAGUUUAUCUUCUCGUAAUCACAUUAGAGUUCCUUAAAAAUCAAGAGACAAAAGGGAUGAUAAAGCAAAUUACUUAAAAAAAUUAAAAUCUAUGAGAAAUAAACUAUUAGCAUAAACAUCUUAUUAUAACUCUUAGAUAGAUAGUCAAAAACCAUAAAUUUUAAAUUCAGAUUCCCAACAUAAUUUAUUUUAAUAUUAAUACUAAUCAUUAAAUAUUCAUUCUUAUAAAAAUUCGAGAACUGUUACUCCUAGUAGAUCUUAUGCUAUCAAAACUCCUAAUUAAAAUCAUUCAGAAAGAAAAAAUGAAUUUCAUAAUGUUCAAAUAGUAAAAUCAUAAUCACAAACAUCAUUUUAAAUAAAUAAAUAAGAAAACUAUCCAGUUAAAAAAAUUAUUAUGGAAGUUCGAAGUCAAAAAAAAUCAUCUUUAGGUUGUUUAAUAACUUAACUAUGA